AUCCGUCGUCAUUUCAAUCGGAAUCUGCCGGAGAUAUCCAAAUUCGGCGUAAUUCAAUCCAAAAACCCGGAAUCGGAGAAGACGCAGAAUAGAUUGUCGCAGGGUACUAAACUAUGCAGAUACUGAAGUGCCCACACAGUUUCAUUCACUUUCUCUUCAUCUCCGCUUUUGUAAUUGGAUUGGAGGGUGCUGAGUCUGUACCCGUCCCGGAUUCGAACUGCUACGCUCUCGACAAUUCAAGUCGUCUUGUCGACUUUGUAUCCUCUUUUCUACUACUUUUUUUGUGCUGUAAAGGUGUUUACUUUGCUGCAUUGGGUUUGAUUUUGAGUGGUGUCUUCUUUAACUUGGUUGAUCAGAGUAGCUGGAUCGGUCAUCCAUUUGAAUAUGAUGGCAAGGAGUUCGAUUUGGUGGUUAGAUUUUGCAAGGAUGUUGAAACUAGAGGCCAGGCGGGUUAUGUUGAUUUUGGAAGAUUUGAUCCGUUAAGCUACUUUGUUUCUAGCUCUGGAAAGUUUGAUUUUGUACAAGGGUUUUACCACGGCGACCUAUCGAAUUGUGAGCAUAGUUAUGACAAACUUGGACGUACAGCACAGGUCAAUAUUAUUUGUGGAAACUGUGUUGAUGGACGCUGUAAAGGUGGACUUGGAUGCAUAUGUAGUGUCACUCAAGAUUCAACUUGCAGAGUUACUGUCGAGUUAGCUAUUCCGUGUGAGAAACCUGGCCCUCGUGUCUUCAAGGGAUUCACGGUCGGUUUGCAUCCUCGCUCAUGGGAACUUAUUUAUAAUGGGAUGACACAAUUUGGCUUUGACAAGCCUCGUCGUGAAUUUAGCUUCAAGACCGAGCAGACUCAUCUUACACUCUAUAUGACUGCAAUUGCUUCUCUUUCAACAUUGGUAGGGAAGCCUAUCAUCAAGGUUUCCCCGGAGAAUGGUCUUGCCGUUACGAUAUCUGGUUCUUCCUUGAGUGGGAAUCAUCCAACAACUUUAUCACCUUCAACUUUAGUACUGGAUUGGAAUUGUGAGAAAUCUCGUAAGACUCCGUAUGAAGUCAAUGUCACUAUCCCAGUGGAUGGUUAUGGUCCUGUUCAGUUUUUCCUCUCAAAACUCUGUGAAUACAACCAAGGUGCUGAAGGAGGAUCAGCGAAAGGAUGGGCUAUAUUCGGAGUUUUUUCCUGCGUAUCCCUCGUUGCAUUUACACUUUUCUGCUGUGGAGGAUUUAUCUACAAAACAAGAGUAGAACGCGUGCGUGGGAUUGAUGCAUUGCCAGGCAUGUCAAUUCUAUCAGGCUUACUAGAAACUGCGAGUGGAAGUGGACAAAGCUACUCAAGAACUGAAGAGAUCAACAAUGCAUUUGCCAAUGAAGUCUCAUGGGACCGCGCUUCCGCAUCUUCUGCUCAAUCACCAACGCAUAGACCAAGUGAAAGAACAUAUGGUGCUAUCUAACUUGCUAAUUGCCUUUCGCUAAAGGUUUUUGUCUCAGUCAAUGGUAUGGCAUCUAGUUGAACUGUGCUUCUCGGGUUUUACUUUUGUGUGUGUUUUACUUUCAUGUUUAGUUUCUAGAAUGAGGGGGGAAACAAAAUUGUGAAAGAGUCAAAAGAGUUGAAAGCUGUUUCACCUUGAGAUUGCUUUUACCUGCAGAUUCAUGUGUUUAUGGUAGAUAACGACAAACAAAGUUUUCUUUCUUUGCUUUGGUUACAAGAACAAUAGCGUGCUCACAAGUCAACAAAGCUUUGACACUAAAAGAACUUUUGUUAUUUUCAAAAGAGUAGUU